UCACCGCCAUUUGAAACACACACACACUGGCUCUGUCUGAGCUACGUAGCGCGUGUGCCCACGAAAGUAGACCAGAGGAUGAACUGAGCGGCAGAUAAGACCUAUUUUCAAACCGAAAAGGACACCGAUCCGCUUAUUUAAUGAUUGGGUGAUGUGAAAAUCUCGAUCGGAGGGAUCUUACUCGGUCGAGCAGGCUGCAGUGAAGAAGCAGGACUUUCCGUGCCUGUUGGUGUUCACGCUGGCCAUCAAAUGACCAAGUUGUGAAAAGUCGAUCUGCGCUGUCUUUGCAGUUCUUCAGCUUGAGACUUCGAAAUAACAUCAUGGCGUUCUCUUCCUACUCCUCCAGUCUCCUGCUUAUUCUCCUAAUGUCCUCCCUUGGUUGGCUAUCCAGUCCAGGAUCUGCAUUUCUCACUGACCGGGAACAUCUGACAUCAUCAGCUAUCGUUAAACCUUAUAUCACAGAGUGCAUAUCGACUAACCAAGAGACAUUCAGAUGUUGGUGGAGUCAAGGCGAUUUCCACAAUCUCUCCUCCCCUGGAGCACUUCAAAUCUUCUACCAUAAGAAAGGAUUUGGAUCUCAUUGGGAAGAGUGUCCAGAGUACAUUUAUCCUAACAGGGAGUGUUUCUUCGAUAGAAACCACACAUCCAUUUGGACCCUCUACUGCGUGGAGCUGCGCAGCCAAAACAACAUCACCUAUUUCAAUGAGUGUUUUAAUGUGGAGAAUAUCGUACGCCCUGACCCGCCAAUUUCUCUAAACUGGACCCUGCUGAAUGUAAGUCCCUCGGGGCUUAGUUAUGAUGUCAUGGUCAACUGGGAGUCCCCACCCUCUGCAGACGUCAAGGCGGGCUGGAUGCGCAUUGAGUACGAGAUGCAGUACAGAGAGAAAAAUAGCACCGAAUGGGAAGCAUUGGAGAUGCAGCCGCACACCAAGCAGACAAUCUUCGGUCUGCACAUAGGAAAAGAAUACCAAGUGCACAUCCGCUGCAGGAUGCCUGCCUUCAUUAGGUUUGGGGAGUUCAGCGACUCCAUCUUCAUUCAAGUGACUGAGAUUUCCAUCAAAGAUUCUACUUUCCCGCUCACACUGGUUCUUGUUUUCGGCGCUGUGGGCAUCCUCAUCCUCAUCAUGCUAGUAGUCGUCUCUCAGCAGCACAGAUUUAUGAUGAUUCUGUUGCCCCCUGUUCCUGCACCCAAAAUUAAAGGCAUCGAUCCAGAGAUGUUAAAGAAAGGGAAGCUGGACGAGCUGAAUUUCAUCCUGAGUGGUGGAGGUAUGGGUGGCCUGCCCACUUAUGCACAAGAUUUCUACCAAGAUGAGCCAUGGGUGGAGUUCAUUGAGGUGGAUGCUGAGGAUACAGAUACUGGAGAGAAGGAGGACAACCAGGGCUCAGACACCCAGAGGCUCCUGGGCCUGUGUCACCCUGCCAGCCACCACAUGAACACAGGCCGCUCCAAUGCCGUCAGCUUCCCUGAUGAUGACUCAGGCCGGGCCAGCUGUUAUGACCCAGAUCUACCUGAACAAGACACCCUAAUGUUGAUGGCCACCCUUCUGCCAGGCCAAACAGAGGACGUAGAAGCCUCAUUCAAUGUUGUAGAAAGAGCCCCAGCCCCGGAGAGAGGCGAGAGGCCCCUUGUCCAAACCCAAACUGGAGGGCCCCAGACUUGGGUCAACACAGACUUUUAUGCGCAAGUCAGCAAUGUGAUGCCCUCCGGGGGUGUGGUACUGUCUCCUGGCCAGCAACUCAGAAUCCAGGAGAGCACAUCAGCCACAGAGGAGGAAAUGCAAAAGAAGGGGAAAAGCAGCGAGGACACUGAGGACAAAAGGCAGAAGGAGCUGCAGUUUCAGAUGCUGAUGGUGGAUCCUGAAGGCAGUGGCUACACCACAGAGAGCAUCGCACGACAGAUAAGCACUCCCCCCGCCCCCCCCAUGCCUGGCGAGGGUUAUCAAACCAUACAGCCUCAGCCGGUGGAGACCAAACCUGCAGCCAUGGCAGAGGAUAAUCAAUCGCCUUACAUUCUUCCUGACUCUUCCCAAUCCCAGUUUUUUGCCCCUGUUGCAGACUACACAGUGGUACAGGAGGUGGACAGUCAACACAGUCUCCUCCUCAAACCCCCCGCCCGCCAGUCUCCCCCUCCCUGCAUGCCACAGCACCCCCUCAAGGCCCUACCUGCCAUGCCCAUGGGGUACAUCACCCCAGACCUUCUAGGAAACCUGGCACCAUGAUAUGUCAAUGCCAUUGGGCCUUUUAAGAGUAAGGUUGAUCGAGCAGUCAAAAAAGCGGGUUUCUACCUAAUUCUGUCUGGAAACCAAAUAUUUCACUGCACACAUUGUGAGAGAGAGUGUACAGGUUUGUGUUUUUUAAAGGUUGCUUAAAGAGAGACAUGGAAAGCUACCAAGCUGUAAUCUUGACUCUUAUACAUCUGCUACAUCAUUUAAUUUGAUGCAGAGAUAAGUUAACACGACAAACCGAAUUGACAGCUCGCUCUAUUUGUUGAGAUCCAUGCCUAAGACACACACAGAUAAUAGGCUGAGACUGAUUGUAAUGAGUCACAAAACAUUAGCUUACUGCUCAACUACCUGGGAUCACAUCACAUCGCUGGCUAAUCGCGUUGAGAGCAAUGCCGUCAGUUUAUGAUUUAUCGGAGGAAGACAAGCACAUUCUAGGCAUGUAUUUUCACACUACACCAACGAGAAAGAGGCCUCUUGCUGGCAGAGAUAUAUUGCUGCUAAAUGCGGCUUUUUUGUAUUCAUAAAUACUUACUUUCUUAUCUCAUCACGUCAUCUUAUUAUGAGGAAAAUCAUCCCUAAAAACAGUCCAAAACACUACUAUGCAGUUACCUUGCAUUCCUAACUUGUAUUUAAAAGUAUGCUUUUCAUAUAUUUCAAAUAAUACGUGGCCAAACAUAGAUUAUAUGAUGUCAGGUAUGUUUCUCUAUUUUUCUAAAGCCACAAUAGAGUUUAAUAUAAGAAAUACUUACAAAAAUAUAUACAGUACAUAUGUGCCAACACAAGUUACAAGUUUUUGUGAUAAACAAUUGUAUCUCUAUUUUCUUGGGGAUAAUGAAAGGCAAUCUGGCAAUGAAGGAAACCAUUAAUUGAUGUUGAAGUAGUGGUGACAAAUAAAGGGAAUAUACAACAUUUUAUUCAUUCCCAGACUGAAUGUCAAAAUCCCAGCGUGGAAUAGUUUAUUCAAUUUUAUCUGGACAUGCAUACUCGGAACAGGACACCAACAGCGCUGAACAGAAUUGUUUUUAAGCAGGAGGAAGGAUUUAUUCAAAAUUAUUAAACGCUGUAAACAAUGCUGUAGUAAAUUGAGCACCACCAAGUGCCUUGCUCAAGGGCACUUUGAAAUACAGGGGAGGGGACACACUCAGACAGCCGUUCUGUGAAACAUGAUAUUGCAUUUCAUUCUGCGGCAGCCAAGUCUCACCUUUUCAACCAGCACUCACUCAUUAUUACCUUAACUAAAACGUUAAUGAGCAAGCUUCCUCCUUGGGAGUUGUAUUCUUCUCAUGUUGCAUUGUUAUUGCAGAGACAGCAACUGGGACUAGUUGAGAGGCUGUGGAAGUAUGUAAUAGCCGUAAUCAGCUAAUAUCGUAUAUACAUUUUAUCUGCCAAGCUGUGCCUGUUAUUGGCUAUAUCUGUGCUUAGCUGUGCAUAAGUAGUUUGGAUGUGUGCAUUCAUGUGUUGCAUGGCAAGUGCUAUAGGUGAAUUGGUAUAAAUCCACUCUGUGCACAGAUUCACCAAUAAAAAAAACGACACAUGCAUGAACACAGUAACAUGCAUGCAUACACACUAUAUCAAUACUUUUGCCUUAAUUGUUAUGUAAUUUUGCCUUCCUGACAUAGUCAUAAAAAUGACGAGCUGAAAAUGGUCGGUUAAAAUUGUUUUCCGAGGCCACUAAAACCGUAAUUUGCACAUGUCCAAUUAUGCUCAAUUUCCAAACCACAAAUGAUGAUCAGGGCUAUAUUUCUGCAAGACUAAGAGUUCCGAUUUCUGGUUGGAAAAAGUGAGAAUUAUAGAUGUAAAUAUUUCUCGGGGGAACGUGAAUCAUACAUAUAGGUAUUUGUGAUUCCUAGUCAUGUUGCCUCAUACUUUUUGUCAGAAAAAACAAAUGUAGGUCAAAAACAAGGGCAUCUAUUGCUAAAUCAUGUAUUAAGUAACAUUAGCUUGUAGUGUAAACUGGCCCUUAAAUCUAUUGAAAAUGUGAACUUUUUAUAAUGGCCUGUGUCUGUGAGAGGGUAGUAGAGGAAACCUAUUGUCAAAGUUGUAUGCUCCUCAUAUAUUUUCAUCCUAUAACUUCUUUCAAAAAGAUUGACAAUAUGCCUAUGACAAACACAGCAGCAUAGCAUAAUGUAUACAAUAAGCUUUCUUAUAGAGGUUUUCUAAGGCAACACAAUGAAUGUUCAUUACAGCGAGUCUAUUGUUAUUGUAUAACAUCAGGGCAGCCUCCAAAUGAGCACAUCACAACAGAACAUACUUCAGCGUGCAAAGGAAACACAUCCUGCCUUUUGAUUGACGUUAUUUUUGGAUUCAUCCUUGAGAUAAGCAGGCAAAGCAGUCUGAAUAGGUCUUUUGUAUCAGACAAUCCCAUAAUGAAGAGAAAGAAAAGCAAGAGCCAUCCAAUGACAUAUUUUUGUCUCAACUGUGAAUAUUAUCGAUAUUUCUCUUUCGUUCCCUCUGUCGGUCUCUCAGAGCUCGGUGUUCUGCUGUUGCUGCCUUUAGUGCUGAUGAUACCAGCAAGUCAUUGCUGUUGCAAAAAUGUCUUAAUAUAUUUACUAGUGCUGUAAAUUUACAAGUAUAUAUUUUUUAUGUCAUUGAUGUUACUAAUCAUAAUAUAUUGCAGCUCGGUACAUGUAUUUUUCCUGCUUUUAGCCUUACGUUGGUUGGGAAGGGAUUAUUCAAGAGAGCAACGAUGAUGUCUGUACUGUGUGAAUGUUUGGUGAUAAAGACAGAGGAUGAUACUGAAACCGGUCUCUUGCCUGGGAGCAACGGGAAGAUAUUAUUUGCUUUAGUUAUUUGUUCAGUUAACAGCAGUAACGCUAUAUCAGUUUUGCCGCAAAGUAAAUAUGUUAUAUAGUCACUAAUGAUGCUCAUCUAACUUUGACAGUGUUCACAGCCAUCCAAAGAUCCCCUUAAUGCCCUCUGUGUAUAUGACGGAAGAACGGUUCAAGGGAAAAGCACUGCUUCAGUUUUACCGUGGUGAAUGUGUGCAAACUGGAAUAUGCAAUGCAAUUACGAUAUCAAGGAAAAUCUGUAAAAACAAAAUGUUUGAUCACUGAGUGUUUUUUAAAGGUUACAGUGAGGAAGAUGAAUCUGCAGGUGCUUUAUAUUUUCAGGCUUACUGUACUGGUGUUUACCACAUUGUGUCUGCAAUAUCUUUCUUUUCUUUUUUUUGCCAGUUCACAAUAAGCUUAUUCUUAAUGUAGUGUAAAGGUUUGCAACUCUCAUUUCAAGCUUAUAAAUGUUAAAGACACUUUACAGCAAGCACUUUGUACACACACACAUAUAUAAAGAUAUAUAUAUAUAUCAUGUUUAAAAUAGUACUCAGAUUUUUGUAUUUUGGACUAAAUCAAGUAUAUGAAUAGCCUUUUAUUUUAAAAUAGCAUUAUUAUUUUUAUUUAGCACAAUGAUCAGACUAUUUUAAUAUUGAUAAGCUUCAGUUUUGUCCUACAAAUUUGAUGUUUAUGGGACAUAUUUUACACUACCAGAUUCAUAGAAUGAUGUACUGUAAUGGAGUAUUUAAUGUUUCCUAUAGGAUUAUGGAUACAUAAAGCAGAUAGAUGUAGUCUUUUAUGAAGUCGUAUACAAAUAUAGGCAACGUGAAAUGGUUAAACUGUAACUCUUACAGUUCUCUUACUAUGUGAUUUGAGCAUUUCAUCAUUAAAAAGUCAAUUUGAAGGUGCUACAAUGUUUUAUAAUGAUGUGUUUUGAUAUCCAUCUUUUUUGCUUUGCACAGGAUCAAGGUUGGCUUUUGUCGAUCUGUUAAGCCUGCAAGUAAUCUUGAGCUGGAAUUUGUGCUGGUUGUAUCUUUUUUUUUUAUCACAGAGCGUCUCGCUUGACAUUUUUCAGAUUGUUGGGAAAAUAGUUUAAUUCUUGACCUAAGUAAAGCAUCAGACUUUGUUCAGUGGCUCCACUCUAUAUUUCUUUCCAUGUGUUAUUUAUCUAUCUGCGAGCCCUUAGAUCCUCCCACCACCUAAUCUGACCACGGUGGAGGGGCAGCAUGAGUAAUGUGUGCACUGUUAUUCUCUGACAUGUGUCCCGGCUUGUCAAACUGGAGAUAUUCAAACUAUUCUACUUGUCAGAAUCAGAAACAGCUGCAUUGCAGAUGCAUUUCAUAGCAUAUGUGGAAAACUGAACACCAUGAUUCAUCAUUUUACUUUAGCUUCAUAAUCGAUAUGACUUUGCCCCCCCCCCCCCCCCCGUCCAUCCAACCCCCGACUUUGGAGCCACUGUCUUUAUCUGUAAGCUGCUGUUUUACUGAAGGCCAAAAUGUGUUGAUCUUGAUGAGCCUUUCUGGUGUUGUAUGUGUGAUCGAUGAGCCUUCAAAAAUGUACACAAUAAAUGUAUAGACAGCCUCUAAAUCAAAUUGUGCAUGUUUUUUCUUUUGUAAUAAGUUGUCCACAGAAAUAAAAUAAAAAAUGUCAACGUUA